AUGGCUGAAGAUGCCCUUUCAAGAAGCCAAAACCUUUGCCAAAACAAGAUACUUGCAAUGGCAUUGGGGCCAACAGUAGGACAGUACGACAGAGCCAGUUGA